ACACAUUUAUAUUUUUGUAUGUAACAUCAUAUUUUUCACAGUCUCCGGAGAUCUAAAAAUAGACCCAAAUUUCAGCUAGCAAAAUAAAAAAUAUUUUCUCUCUUUAGCAUCUAUUUUAUAUGUGUGAUAAUUCAGUGAAGUGCUUCUACAGAAGAGGCUAAAGAGAGCAAUGAAGAAAUGCGAGUUAUGCAAUAGUAUAGCAAGAGUUUACUGUGAAUCAGAUCAAGCCAGUCUUUGUUGGGAUUGUGAUGCCAGAGUUCACGCAGCUAAUUUCCUAGUGGCUAAGCAUUCAAGAAAUCUUCUGUGCAAUUCUUGCCAAUCACUUACCCCAUGGACUGGCUCUGGCUCUAAACUUGGUCCUACUGUUUCAGUUUGCCAGACUUGUUUUCACAGAAAUAAUGAUAGGGCAAAUCAUAAUGAUACAGAUGAAGAUGAAGAAGAAGAUGACGGAAGCAGUGACGAAGAUGAUGGUGAUAAUCAAGUGGUUCCUUUGUCUUUUUCAACUACUGAUCAGCCUCGUCAUCCGCCAUUGGCGUCAAGCUCUUCUUCAAGUAGUGAAGAGUCUACUAGCAGAUUUUAUAGGAGAAGAGUAGUUGGUGCCUCCAAUUCAACUAUUGGGUUUUCACCUAACAGAACAGAUGAAAAUGGAAUUUCAAGACCUGAAGAGAAGGUAAAGAUGAGUUCAUGGACUUGGAGAUAAAAUAGGGAAAUUUUCAGAUUAAAAGCUUCUUUGUUAUAUAUCAGAUAGAUGCAGGGAAAGAAUAUUGGCAGUGAUAGAUCGUCGUUAUGAAUAAAUCUUGAAGAGUUAGUUGUACAUAACAUGAGGUAGCUAGUUUUUCAUGUUUCCAUCCUGCUGUUGACAUCAAUCCUGGAGUUCGUUCUUGGAAAUUUUUAAUUGAUUAUUUCAUGCUUGGGAGUCUGCUAA